AUGGAGCUCUCGCACAUGGUCGUGGACGACGUUGGCGACGCCGACAGCUUCCACCUGCAGCCUUCCGACAACAACGCGACUACGUUUGGGAUGCUUAUCGUGCUGCUUCCAUCGGCGUACACUGGUGGCGUCCUCACGUUUACGCACAGCGGCCACUCGCAAACGUUCGGUGACGACAUGUCGCUUCUCGAGACGUCAUUUGCCGCAUCGUAUCUCUCAACGGCGAUCACGUCCGCGCCCAUCACGUCCGGGCGCCGUGCCGCCCUUGUCUACCGCUUGUUUUACCGCGGCGUAGAGGACGAGCCCCUGCAAUCAGCGGAGGCGGCUUUUCGGGCGCUUGGGCAGUCGACGACGCAAGAGGUCCAGCGCCUCGGACUGGAGCUGGAUGCGUCGCUCUGCUCUCUCUCCUUUGCCAACUUAUCGCUCUUUAAGAUGGGGCUUGUGAACGCGCUUCUCGCCGCCGGUAAUUUUGACAUUGGCCUGGCGACGCUCGCUGCGUACGAGAAGGGCCAAGUCCAAGCGUUCAAGCCGCAUCCCGCGUGCAAUAUCCCCGACGCCGUUGGUCGCGGCUUGAUUGGCCGACCUCUCGACGGCUUUUUGUACUUGCCGCCUCCAAACUUCGGUGCAUUCGAUUGUCCGCUUUGCGCGAUCGUGUUUUGGCCCAAGCGCCACCGCGUCGGCAUUGUCGACAUCGUCCAAGUCUUGGACUUUGUCAUGUUGCGACUUGAACGCGGUGACGACGACGACGACGGGUACCUCGGCAUCUCGGACUCGGGCGAGCUGUUGCUGGGCGCGGUACCCUACUUUGUCCUCCACGGGCCGUCGUUGGCGAAGCCCAAGGGGCACUUGUCCAAGAAUGAACGCAC